GUAUAUUUUACAGUGUAUAGUGUGUGUCUUUUUAAGCUUAAAUUUGAUUUCAAAUGCCACCCAAACACAAUCUUGGUGUCGUAAAUGAUGGCACCACCAUCAUAGCUGUAGAAUUCGAUGGAGGCGUUGUUAUUGCUGCCGACUCGCGCACCAGCUGCCGCUCCUAUGUGUGCAAUCGUCUGGCGGACAAGCUGACGCGUCUGAGCGAUUACAUUUAUUGCUGUCGCAGCGGCACCGCUAACCAGACCCAAACCAUGGCGGAUUUUGUCGCUCAUCUGCUUAAUGUGCAGGAGAUUAGCAUGGGCAAGCAGCCGCUGGUCUAUGAUGCCGCCUGUCAGUUUCGCGAGCUCAUCUACAAGUAUCGCUCGAGCUGUGUAGCCGGCAUUAUUGUUGCCGGCUGGGAUGAGCGUCAGGGUGGCCAGGUGUAUAGCAUACCCGUUAGCGGCUUUUUAUGCCGCGAGCCUUGUGCUCUGGGCGGCUCUGGGUCAACCUAUCUGCAAGGCUUUGUUAGCUCGGAGCAUCGCACUGGCAUGAGCAAGCAGGAUUGCAUGCGCUUUGUGCUCAAGGCGGUGCGCAUGGCUAUUAAACAUGAUUGCCAUUCCGGCGGCGUAGUGCGCAUUGGUGUCAUCACGAAGGAUGGCAUGCAGUCUCAUGUCAUACCCGAAAAUGAGCUGCAGCAGUUCAGUUUUACCAAUGAAAUGUUAUGGAACUUGGAGUUUGCCGCUGAUAAGUCGUAAAAUGAAUUGCAUAACCUACACAUUUCACAUUAUCCUGGGAAAAGCAGAGCAGAGAGAAGCAAAGAAUAAUUUCAAAAUUUGAAAUUCACAAUGGGUUUCGAAAAAAUCUCGCUUAUAUUUUAAUUAACUCUCCAAUUGCUCACAAAAUUUUGCAAUUUCAGAGGCACUUUCGUGCUGAUAUUUUCAAAUUGGCGACAUCUAUUGAAAUUUUAGUCUUCCUUAAUCGCAAUCGAGAAAUUCACCAUAAUACAUUUAGGGUCGCUGAUACUUUGAGUUACAUAGUUAUAGUUUAAGUUGUAGUUUGAAAUUGUAAAAUGAAUAGU